AUGUCGUGGGUGCACGGCAGUCAAAGCCGGGCUGAGAAGGAGAAUACUCCUUCGCCCAACCUCACCAAGUCACUGAUGCGAGUCCAAGGACUGAGAGAAUCUUUCGGAAACAUGCCAGCCAAGUCACAGUUGUUUCCUAGUGAUGUUCUGAAGAGUCGGUUAAACAGUGCACUCGAAACGUCGACAGAAAUGUCGAAUGGUGCCCCUUCUCAACAUGCACCCGCAGAGAUGAUGAGCAACUCUACGCACCAAAACAACAUGCAGCUGGUUCGUUCAAGUCAACCAGAAGUGCGCAUGUCGUCGCCGGGCUAUUCACAGGCGCUCUCUGAGGCAGAAGAACACCUGUCUCAGCAUCCAUCGGUGAAAGCCGACUCUCAAGGAACAGACAACUUUGAAGGCAGUUCCGUGGGUACAUGGAACUCUCCAAAGGAGAAGGCACUUUCAAGCGCCUCGACCGAUGUGCAAGGUGCCCCUUUACCAGCACCACUUCACGUUAUCGAAGCAACUGGCUCCAUGUCAGCCACAAACCGACGACCAUCAUUCAGUACUGCAUCUUUGGCCUUGAGCGGGUCUCCUAUACUGCCAGGAGAUGAGAAGGAGAAUCAGCCGCUCAACGCAGCAGGCGUGCCGGCGACUUUUGAGGAUGACAUCGAACAAGUUGACCCUAAUGCCCUAGCCCUGGCAGCGGCAGCUGUUGAUCAUUGGGACAGUCAUAAGUACAACUACCCAACGGUCCAUGCUAUAACCCUAGAUCGACAUCCUCGCACCAACGAAUGCGAUAUUGACACCGCCACUGGCAAGCUCCUUGAGCCAGUCCGAUACAUCAAAUUGCAAAGGGACAGCUCGGCAAAGCAUGAUUGGCAUCGAAUGAACCUCACUUCAGGUAUCUGUAUCGAGCGAGAGCUUGCCCGCAGAGAGAGUUUGAGGAAAGAAAUUGAACAAAGAGAGGACGAAGCAAAGUAUGCGAAUCCGACUUUCGAGGAAGACAAGGUUCCAGACGCUGCUUGCACCCUGCGACCGGCAAAGCCCGAAGACUUUCAAGCCAUUGCAGAGAUUAUCGACCUAGAACGCAAACGAGGUGAAGACUCUCAAGUAUACCUUCCCAAAGCCGGCCGCGGCCCAGCUGGCUUAAUUGUCCUAAUUAGAGGACUCUAUGACUAUUGCCUCAGCAAGCAUCGGCCCUUCAUUGUUGCCAUUCCUUCAACGAGCCCCAUUAAAGAUCGUACCAACUGGUCCAAGGAAGAAGAGGAAGAAUAUCAGGAAUUCCUCAAGUUCAAGCAGUCUCGUCAGGCAUCGCAGCAGAAAGUUCUUGGCUUUGCUGUGAUCACUGAACCACGCAUUGGCUUCCUGGCCCCUUGUAACGGUUCACGCUUCUCGGGGCUGAUCAGGUUGUUUGUUCACCCGCAGCAUCGACAGAAGAAAGUCGGAACGGCUCUUCUCGACAAGAUACUGUCCUGCGUGAACAUUUAUCACCGCAGUGAAAUUGACUACCUAUGGGAAUGCUCUGAGACUCGCAAGACAUAUGAAUACGUAUCGGCACAUAACCUCCGAAAGUACAACAGAGUUUAUGUACAGGCUUAUUCUGUUGGAAAGUCUGACGCCCAAGUCGACAUCUUUCAGCGUCUUUUGAACAAAUUUGAUUUUGAGCUGGUGGCGCAGUUUCAGGACGCCGUCAAACAUGGAAUUGACCCAGGUGUCUGGAAGACCCUGAAUGUAUGGGAACUGGAAGUACGGUCGACAUCUGAGAUUCAGGAGGAUUUGGUUGAUCAGUGA